CGCGCGGACGGGAGGAGGAGCGGCGCCGAGCCGGAAGGCGGGAGGCGCGUCCGUUGGGCCCGCGGCGCGGCCGGCCAGCCGCCUCGUCGCUCGGGCGGGAGCGGGGCCCGCGCCUCCUCCCGGGCGCCGCGGGGAGGAAGAUGGAGACGCACAUCUCGUGCCUGUUCCCCGAGCUGCUGGCCAUGAUCUUCGGCUACCUGGACGUGCGCGACAAGGGGCGCGCGGCGCAGGUGUGCACGGCCUGGCGGGACGCCGCCUACCACAAGUCGGUGUGGCGGGGGGUGGAGGCCAAGCUGCACCUGCGCCGGGCCAACCCGUCGCUGUUCCCCAGCCUGCAGGCCCGGGGCAUCCGCCGGGUGCAGAUCCUGAGCCUGCGCCGCAGCCUCAGCUACGUGAUCCAGGGCAUGGCCAACAUCGAGAGCCUCAACCUCAGCGGCUGCUACAACCUCACCGACAACGGACUGGGCCACGCGUUCGUGCAGGAGAUCGGCUCGCUGCGCGCCCUCAACCUGAGCCUCUGCAAGCAGAUCACCGACAGCAGCCUGGGCCGCAUAGCCCAGUACCUCAAGGGCCUGGAGGUGCUGGAGCUGGGCGGCUGCAGCAACAUCACCAACACCGGCCUCCUGCUCAUCGCCUGGGGCCUGCAGCGCCUCAAGAGCCUUAAUCUCCGCAGCUGCCGCCACCUCUCGGACGUGGGCAUCGGCCACCUGGCCGGCAUGACGCGCAGCGCGGCCGAGGGCUGCCUGGGCCUGGAGCAGCUCACGCUGCAGGACUGCCAGAAGCUCACGGAUCUGUCUCUGAAGCACAUCUCCCGGGGGCUGACGGGCCUGAGGCUCCUCAACCUCAGCUUCUGCGGAGGCAUCUCGGACGCGGGCCUCCUGCACCUGUCGCACAUGGGCAGCCUGCGCAGCCUUAACCUGCGCUCCUGCGACAACAUCAGUGACACGGGCAUCAUGCAUCUGGCCAUGGGCAGCCUGCGCCUCUCGGGGCUGGAUGUGUCCUUCUGUGACAAGGUGGGGGACCAGAGCCUGGCUUACAUAGCGCAGGGGCUGGACGGCCUCAAGUCCCUUUCCCUCUGCUCCUGCCACAUCAGCGACGACGGCAUCAACCGCAUGGUGCGGCAGAUGCACGGGCUGCGCACACUCAACAUCGGGCAGUGUGUGCGCAUCACGGACAAGGGCCUGGAGCUGAUCGCCGAGCACCUGAGCCAGCUCACCGGCAUCGACCUGUACGGCUGCACCCGCAUCACCAAGCGCGGCCUGGAGCGCAUCACGCAGCUCCCCUGCCUCAAGGUACUCAACCUGGGCCUCUGGCAGAUGACGGACAGUGAGAAGGUCAGGUGAGGGCGGCAGCACCAACUCCCCCGGCCCCGCCCUGUUCGUCCUCCUGCCACCGCCGCGGCCCCCGCGCUCACUCGACACGCACACGUAGACCCAGAGCAUUGCCGCGGACGCGGUGGGGGCCAUGACGCGGAGCCCCAGGCUCGUCCUCCCCUCCCCCCCGUCGUUGCGUCCGGGGUCCCUCCGCCACCCACACCCACACCCUCUCCUUUUCCCCGAGGAUGCGGAGAUGGACUCGCCACCCACCAGCCACUCCUCCCAGCAGGGGUUUGGAGGACGGAUUGAGCUACUGUAUCCCCGCCGCGCUGCAUUUGGAAACGGGGGGGGGGUGGGGGGGUGGGGAGGGACCAGUCCUUUCAGCCCUGGGGAGUUGGGGAAAAUGUCUGCCUUCACUUAAGCUUUCAUUUGAAUACUGUGAUCUGGUUUUUAUUUCGAAACGUAUAAAAGCAAACCCAACUACAACGGCCUUUUCACCCUUCUUCCACUUCGUAACUAAUCGCAGUCUCUCCUCAUCAGUCCUUUGACAGUACUCUGCUACUCACGCUCAUUUCAUUUGUAUUGUCUUUCUUUUUUUAUUUUUUGAAGAAAGUUGACAUCAUGGUCUCUUUUUUUUUUCUGCUGAGUAUAGUCUAUAUAUUAUAUAUA